AUGGCAAUCAAACAGCAAGCAUCCGGCCUCAUCGCCUACGCGCAAUCCCUCGUCGACCGCAUCAUCAGCCCUUCUACACGCCAGAACCUGUACAACAGCAGCAUCAGCUUUGCGAAAGAACAGCCUCUUUUAGCCUCCUUCCUAGCAAUCCAACUAUCCCUCUCCCUCACACCCCUCCUCCUCUUCACCUCCUUCGUGCUCGGCGUCCUCUCCCUCUCGCUCAUAAGCGCGCUCCUCUUCUCGCUGUUCUGGAUCGGUGUCGCGCUCCUCUUGCUCGUGCCGACGCUGUUUGUCACGGUGUCGCUGGGACUGAUUGUGUGGAUCUGGGCUGUGAGCAGUUUUGUGGUGGUCAGAUGGGUAUAUAAUCUUGUGCCGGUGAAGGGCGCCGGGAAGGUGGAGCUGGUUAAUGGGAAGGUUGUCAAGGUUGAGAAGAGGGAGGGGGAGGCGCCGAGGGGGGAGGUGAAGAAUGGGGAGUAUUGA